AGUGUUGUAUACACUUGUGCGAAUAUCUGGAAAAUGAGCCCAGAGAAUCGAGUCCCAGUGACGUGCGGUCACUAGGAAAUCAGGGAAAUUAAAAAGAAAAAGAAAAAAACAAUAUUAAACACAUUAAACUGUCACAUUUAUACAAUGCUUUGUACUAUAAACACAUUUUCAAUUAACAUAAACCCUUUUAAAUAUUUUUCUUAUUCAAAAUCGCUGAAUUUCCUCAUAUCCUGUUCAAAUACAGGACGAGAAAAAUCAAGUUCCGCCUCCAGAUUGGGCAAUCAUUUCAAUCUCGCUCCGUCUCCACUUGGAUUGCGCAAUCCCUCCUGCACGUUAAACAGAGAGAGCAGAAUUUGUCUCUUUGUCGCCAGUAAAAUGUUUCUAAAUUUUUUAAAUAUGCACCUGACUUUCCACCGUUUAGUCGAUAUUUAUUAUAUAAAUAUGUGUUUGUGUAAUGUGCUAAAUCAGUUGAAACAGCUGAGAAAAGACACAAGAGGCCAGUUUUUUUGCACGUGACGGUAGGGGGCGCUUGUGAGCACGGACAUUCUUAUUGUUACUCCUUACAGCUGCAGAGGAAGAAAGCUAACUAAAAUCUCGUAUUUAGCAAGUGCAGCCACCGCUAUCAUUUCUACUUUUCAAGCAUUUUAAAAUGGAGGCUUAUCUUUCUAAACUGAAACAAUAUUCUAAAUUGGACUUUCAGUCGAAGCAGUUAAUUUCAAAAGGAAGACAAAUAGACUUCACUCAUAAGUAAAGCCGAGGUCAUCCUCACUCCGGAACGGUAGAUCCCCCACCCCCACCCCUCCCUGCACCGAACUGAUGGAGUUCUGUGGGAAGCAGCUGUUCCCGCUUUCAAACUGUGGAGCUCCUGAUCCACCGAGGAGAGGAUAAAAGACUAAAGGAAGAGUUUAACUCUGUAAGCUGGCACUGAGACCCCCGAAAGCCCCGCAAACAAACCGCACUCCUGAUCCGGAGCAUCUGUGCCGACUGGAGUUCGUUGUUCCGAGCAAGAAGAAGUUUUUUUUAUUUUAUUUUUAUUUACUGUUAUUAUUUAUUAUUGUUUUGUGUGUGCUGAUCAGAGGAGGGAGGAAAAGAGACACCACACAGGAAGUGCUGACUUGUCAUUUUUUGUGAAGAAAUGUGGAGACUCCAGAACUGAUCUCCUCCUACAGUUUUUUCUUCUUUCUUUUUUUGUCUUUUCUGCCUUUUUUUUCUCCUUAUUGCAACACCUGGAAUGCUUAACUUGGACUGAUGGAUGUUUCUGAACUGUGCAUCCCAGACCCUCUCUGCUACCACAACCACCUGCUAACCAGAAUGCCCUCUGAUGACCGACACCUCUCCUCCAGCUGCGGUUCUUACGUCAAAACCGAGCCCUCCAGUCCUUCCUCCUCGCUCGUGGACACCGGCAGCCACCACAGCCCCAGCGGCAACUCGGACGCCAGCGGCGGCUACGUCAACGGCACAGGCGGGCGCUCGCACGCCCUAGACUCGCCGCCCAUGUUCAACCCGGGCAUGCUCGGGGGCGGGAGCGCCUGCUUGCGUCGCUACGAGGAGUGCGCCGGCAGCAUGGUGGACGACUCGCCAAUCAAGUGCGAGUACAUGCUCAACGCCAUUCCCAAGAGGCUCUGCCUGGUGUGUGGGGACGUGGCCUCGGGGUACCACUAUGGGGUGGCAUCUUGUGAGGCCUGCAAAGCCUUUUUCAAAAGGACGAUACAAGGGAACAUUGAGUACAGCUGUCCGGCCACCAACGAAUGUGAGAUCACCAAGAGGAGACGAAAGUCCUGCCAGGCGUGUCGCUUUAUGAAAUGUCUUAAAGUUGGCAUGUUGAAGGAAGGUGUGCGUCUGGACCGGGUCAGAGGAGGACGGCAGAAGUACAAGCGGAGGUUGGAUGCGGAAAACGGGUCCUACCUGGGCCUCACCAUCCCCCCUCCAGCCAAAAAACCCUGUUUCUCCACACUCUCGCUGGCCGACCAGAUGAGUCUCCUGCAGAGCGCCUGGAUGGAGAUCCUGGUGCUGAGCAUCGUGUUUCGCUCGCUGCCCUGCGAGGACGAGAUCGUGUACGCGGAGGACUACGUGGUGGACGAGGAGCAGGCGAGAAUCUCCAGCCUGCUGGACCUCCACGUCGCCAUCCUGCCGCUGGUGCGGCGCUACAAGAAGCUGCGCACGGAGAAGGAGGAAUUCGUCACGCUCAAAGCCAUCGCGCUCGCCAACUCUGAUUCCAUGCAUAUAGAGAACAUAGAGGCCGUCCAAAGGCUCCAAGAUUCCCUACACGAGGCCCUGCAGGACUAUGAGGCUUCCCAGCACCCCGAGGACCCCCGACGGGCGGGCAAGCUUCUCAUGACCCUGCCCCUGCUCCGUCAGACCGCCACCAAGGCCGUUCAGCACUUCUACAGCAUCAAAAUGCAGGGCAAAGUGCCCAUGCACAAACUAUUCCUCGAGAUGCUGGAGGCCAAGGCCUGACAUCCAAGGCACGCGUUUGACGGACAGCUGCAUCAUCCAGUCAGAGAUGAGGGACAGCCGUGGCGUGCCAAUUGACAGUGAAAGGCUUUAACACUUUGAAAAACGAAUCCAAUCAGAAGAAAGGGGAACUCCGAAUAGUUUUAAAAAGGGUGACUAUCAUCGUGACUGACGAGGGACGACGGUUGUGUAAAUAGACAAGUCGUGUACAGAAAUCAGCCAUCGAGGUCUUGUUCUAUUCACUGACCCUUUGCUCUUAUAUCACCUGAAGCUUCUGUGAACUUGUUUUUUAUUUUAAUUUAUUAAAAAGAAGAAGAUACUAUAAAUGUCCAGAAUAACUGUACAGCUAUGUAGCCACGAUUUGUGUUUCUGUUUCUAUAUCUGGCGUGUGUUUUCACCUCAUUUGCUAAAGCAAUAGUCUAACUGGAGGAAAGGCACUGGGCACAGGAAAGAACUGCUUAACAAAUUCUGAAAUAAUCAAGGAAAAUGGAGGGAGUUUUUAACGUAUAUACCCCAAAAUAGCUUCACAGACUCCAUGGUUUAAUCAUCUAAUUAGCAUCUUGAACAUGUCAAACAUGACUAAUUUACAAUCUAGCUCUGUCUGAAACUCAUUUCUAUUGUUUUCUUUGUUUUGCUCAUUGAGACUGACCCGCCUUUUUUUUUUCUUCACUGAAUUCUCAUAUUUACUGUGAAACCCUUAGAAAUAAUGUGCUGAGGAAACAGAUAUUUAGAAGUGAGGUUCUGUGGAAAGGGUAUAAACCACUAAUAUACUAUAGUACUUAGAGAUAGUGUUGAAUUUUUGACAAGCUGCACGAGUUCACAACAUCGUGAGAAGACCCCACAUCAAGUGAUUUACUGUUGCUUUUAAAUAAACGCCAAGAAUUAAUAAUUGAACACAACCAGUUAGCCAUGCAGUAAAUGUCGCCUUUGUGAUGAUUUUCAUAAUGAAUCUUUGUCACACUGGUGCUCAUUUAAUGCUUUCUUUGUGUAAAGAUGUGGAGUUAUACAAAUCAGAUUACAUUUGGUUUAAAUGGCUGCCAAAGCUAAUUUUUCGAAGCUUUCAGUGAAGCUAAGUGAUACCAGGAUGGAAAACUUUACUUAAAAUUUUAUCAAAAGCAUAACCUGUAGUAAUCUGCCACUGAUGCUUACUGUAUAUUUUUAUUUACUCAGUCUCAAUACUCCUAAUGUGAGCUCAUUUCACUCUUCUUGGCGAAUUUUUCAGACCUGAUUGCAUUUUUUUGACAAAAAAAAAACCCUGCUGUCAGCGUUUGUGUAACGGGCAUUCAGGUUUACAGUUUCUGUUUGAUUUUUUUAUGCAGUUCAUUUUGUUUUUAAUUGAGAUUGUGUUUCAAGGUGCAUGAAACCAAAACCUGCUCAGUCUGCCCUGUCUACAAAAGGAAACCAGCCUGGACCCAAAACCUUGUCGCCUGCUUACAGUCUGCAGAGGAUUACGCAAAUGUGCGUUAGGCAUUACUUUAGCUUUUUUGUUGAAGUUGUAUUUGUCAUACCAAAGUCUGUAUGUUAGCCGCACGUAAACUUUUUUUUAUUUUUUAAACUUGUGUAAAAUAUGGACUACAGGGUAAAUUCUUGAGGCUCAGCAAGAAAACACCUAAACUGUGCAAAUAUAAAUCAUGUUUGAUCAUAACGCUUCAUUUUUUUUUACAAUUAUUUGACCGUUAUUAAGCGUUCAAAUGUUGAAUUUUUAAUUAAAUUAACCAGCAAUGAACAUAUUUUAGGUGUAACAGUUUAUUCUGAGAAUUAAACUCCAAAUCGAAACAUUAAUAGGAAUAUAAUUCAUUACAGCUCAGAUAAAACUUUUUUUAAUGAUGGUGCUAAUUAUUCAGAAACAUUGUAAAAACACUAAGAAACAAAAAAAGUUGUCCUCUAGAAGUGAUCGUAGAGUUUUAGAGCAUAAUAUCUAGCGAUUAUAAACCAGUUGCCAAAUUAUUCAAAGAAAGCUGAAAGUGCAUUGUUAUAGUUUAAUACUUGGAGUUCUGAUGACCUCCACAGGUUAGAUGAGGCACGUUAUCGAAUAAUCCACUAUAACCAUAGAUUAAUCAGCUGAUUUUAGGAGGUUUUUAUUAAGACAGAAAUUGUCUCCGGGUUAACAGUUUAAAGCAAAGUGCCAUUAGCUUCUGCUCAAAUAAGGAGAAAAUAUAAGCGGCCAGAAACUUUAAGGAUCCCCAAAAGGAUGAUAUUGAUUCACUUUAAUGUAAUGCAUAGAUGAUUAUAACCAAAUACCACAGAGAAUAUAUUUCCCUCGGUGCUUCUCUUCAGUUCUUAAUAAGCUAAUUUGUCCACAGGUGAAACGAAAGAUGUUACUUGUGCUUAGAAGCAAAAUGAAACAGAAACUGACACGCUGCAUUUUAAGUCUGUUUCCUCGUAAAUAUGGACGUUGCUGAUUCAUUCUACGCCUGCGACGGUGAUUACAACUCAUCAAGACAAACGUCUUUUUUUCAGCUCAGUCUAUUGAUUGAUUUUGCUAUUUACAUAUAAUAUGAGAUGAAUAAAUUAGUUUAUUCUUGUAGGGAGUCAAAAAAGACCUUUUACAACAAUACCUUGACCAAAACUGGAACACCGACCUCCUGCACUUGUUUGCUCAUUAUGGUUUCCCAACUUCUCCCUUUCCUAAAUUUAUUUUUUUUUAAAUCCCAGUUUCUUUCCAGACGUCUAAAACAGUUUUGCUACAUCCAAUUAAUUCUAAUUGUCUCCUAAACUGAAACUCUCCGAAGAAAUAGAGCAAUUAAAUUUCGGCUCUGGCUCUACCUUUGGGAAAGAAAGAGGUUUUAUUAAAGUUUGGGAGGUUUUCUUUAUUUCUUUUUUUUUUCUUUUUGUCUGAAUCUUUACAAAGGCCAUUUGAUGGGUGUCUGUAAUAAAGCAGCGAUCACUGGGCUAUGCAAGGCGAAUAUGGCCACCUGUGUUCGUUUUUGUCCUGGAGCAUCAGAGCGUUAGUUGUGGACAUACUGUAGAAAUGCAUUGUGCAAACGUCACUGUACUAUACUGUAACUGCUGUGCAUCGAUGUGACCUCUUGUUCUGUUUUAACGUGUGCUCGUGUGGGGGUUAGGGCCUUCGACACGCCCACUCGUAUUAUUCGAUGGAAUAAUGGAUUUGGAACAUGAUUUUCUUUCUCUUUCUUUUUCCUUUUUGUGUCUGAGUGUUGAAACACACACCGUCUUUUUUUUUUGUUAUUAUCAGCAAAGCAGAACAUAUAGCGACUAAAGUCGUCUAGACCCUAUACCUCAAUUCAUAUUUUGAAAAUUACACCGGGUUUGGAAGCGGGCCACGAGAUCCUCCGGGGAACCAGUGGCACAGAAAUAAAGUGACAUCACCAGUUGGGUAUUAAAAAAAAUGUAGAUGAACUUACUGCAAUUCGGGGAGCACAUUCCUCGGAGGAGGAAGCUACUUAUUCGCUGCUCCAUUUGUGGACUUACCUCAUCUCCAUGCUCUCCGAGAUGACGAGAUUUACAUAAAACAUGGAGGUACCUCCCUGGCCGCCAUCGUCCGCGGUGUAUAAAAGGACCCUGCUAGUUGUGCGCGCCACAGACAUGUGAUUACCCAAGAGGUUUCCCCUCCUUUAAAAGCAAUAUUUGUGAUAUAUGAAUCAACUUUAAAUGGAGCUUUGGUGCAUUUUAAUUAUAAACUUCCACGUGUGCUCGGUGAGAGGAUUCGCACUUGUUCUGGAAAGGAAAUUUAAAAAAAAAAGUUGAUCCAAUCACAGCUGGGAUUCGCUGGACAGUACUGUGUGUUAUUUUCUUGUGUUUCUUUUUUGUUUGUUUGUUGUAUUUAUGCCUACUGUAAUCGUGUAAAUAAAUGCUUUUUGUGUGUAUGGAUGGGAGAGGGCGUCAAAUCUAAAAAAAGAAAGAAAAUGCACUGAAUGUACAGUGAUAAUAAAACCACAUGAUUUAUGAGCUCA